CCUUAAAUCUCGGUUUUUUUAUCUCCGAUUGAUAUCUGCAUCGUUCGACCCAGUUUUUCACGCUGAUUGCGAAUAUGAUAUUUAUAUUGCAUAAUAAAUGACUUCUGAUGAGAAAAACCGAGAUUUAGAGGCAGAAUUUCACCUUUCCACUCCAGUUAUGGGAAAAAAGAGUAUUCUCAGUAAGAUAAGAAUAUUAGAAAGAAAAGCGAUGCGUACUUUUGUUCGCCUUUAAAUGCUGAUUCGAAUGGCGUAUGACGAUCGGAGAAAAGUUUCAAAACCAGGGAGGAGAUAGGUUUGCGAGUGAGGUAGCUCAUUUUAUCGAGUGCUUACUUUUGUCAAACUUGUGCAAUACAGGUAUUCUGGUUUUUGUGACUCAAUGGUACAUGAUUAGACUUAGUUUUUGAUGAGGAAUCCGAAUAUAUCAAAUUCGAAAAAUUACAGUGAACGAAAGGGGCAGAACCUCAAGUUUUCUUAGAAUGAUGCAAAUGUUUUGUUUUUUCGGUGUACCUAGUAUUUUGGAAAUUUCUCCCCAAAAACUUGAUCAAAUUCGAAAAGAAAGAUUAUAUUCGGAAUCAGCGCAGUCAGAAGUACCGGACUACGUAGCUUUCGACCAGAAAGUGGGAUAGUGCUCGAUUUUUGAAUUGCGCGCACCUUACAUACGAUAACUUUGUCUAUCCUUUUACAGUCUGUCUUUUGUCUUCACAAUCGACAUGGAAUCAAAGUGGUGUAACUGUAGCUGGCGUGGCAGGUGUCAGUGGUUCUAAUCUUUCUCUGUUAUCUAGCCCAGUUGCAUUGCAUCUUGAUACGUUAAAUAAUAUAAUGUAUAUUGGUGAGCAAUUUAAUUAUCGUGUCUUGAAAUGGCCCGUAGGUAGCUCAGCAGGCACUAUUUACGCUGGUAAUAAUUCAGCUGGAUGUAACCUUAAUCAGUUUCAAAUUGUUGCUGGUCUAGCAAUAGACAGUUCUGGUAACAUGUAUACAUCGGAUCCUGGAUGCGAUUUAGUAUUACAAUUUCCUCCAAAUUCAGAUUCAACUACAAAUGGUACAUUAAAAAUGUCAGGUCAUUCUAAUCCGGAACAUAUUUUUGUCGAUCCAUUGACAAAUGAUUUAUACAUAGCCAUGGAAGGUGAACAUUCAGUACUAAAAUUGGCAAACAAUAAUAACACUCCUGUAAUUGUAGCAGGAGGCAACGGAGCUGGUAGUGGUCUAAAUCAACUAAGUCACCCGAAUAGUGUCUAUUAUGAUUCUGUAACUGGCAAUUUGUAUGUUGCUGAUACAAACAAUAAUCGUAUAAUGAAAUUUCCUCCAGGAUCAACCAAAAGUUCCAACGGAACAGUUGUAGCUGGUAAUAAUACCGCUGGUAAUGCGACAAAUCAAUUAAAUGGCCCACGGGAUGUUAUUGUGGAUAAGAGUGGUAAUAUAUAUAUAGCUGAUGGAUCUAAUAAUCGAAUUCAACGAUGGCUACCAUCAGCUACAAGUGGUGAUACAAUUCUUGGUUCCCCAUCUAGUAUGCCAGGUAUAACAGCAGAUUUGCUGAAAGGUCCUGAAACAUUAAGAUUUAGUUCAAAUAAUAGCUUAUUUGUUGUUGAUAGAAGUAAUAAUCGAGUGCAAGUAUUUAGUUUACUAUCUUGCUAG